AUGAAGCUCCUUACUCUCAUCUCGGCGGCCAUCUUGGCCAGCGUUUCCGUCGAUGCAGCAGCGGCGCCGGCUCCCGCGCCGGACGCGGACGCCAUCAUCCGCUUCUGCCAUCUUCCCGGACAAGGCUGCUCGAAGCUCAAGCGUGCUGCCGAUGCCGCAGCUGAGGCCCUCGCCUUUGCUGCUCCCGCUGCAGCCCCCGAGGCUAACCCAGACACUGUUCAUUUCUGCCAUCUGCCGGGCCAGGGAUGCUCUAAAGCCAAGCGUGCUGCUGACGCUCUCGCCGCUGCUGUGGCUGACGCUUAUGCCGUCGCCGGACCAGAGCCGAAUGCUGAAGCUAUUGAGCGUUUCUGUCACCUUCCCGGCCAAGGCUGCUCUAAGGUCAAGCGCGCUGCUGCGGCCAUUGCUGAUGCACUUGCCGAGCCAGCUCCUGUGCCCGAGGCUAACCCAGACACCGUCCAUUUCUGCCACCUUCCUGGCCAGGGCUGCUCUAAGGCUAAGCGCGCUGCCGAUGCUUUGGCAAAGGCUGCUGCUGAUGCUGUCGCCGCUCUGUAA